AUGUCUGAAAAACCAUGGCUUGAAAAAUAUCGUCCACAAAAGAUAGAAGAUAUAGUUGGAAAUGAUAUAACAAUGCAACGUUUAAAACAUUUUGCCGUUAAUGGCAAUAUACCAAAUUUAUUGUUAUAUGGUCCACCUGGAUGUGGUAAAACAACUUGUGUUUGGGCUAUGGCUAAAGAAUUAUUAGGUGAAUACUCGAAAAAAGGUAUAUUAGAAUUGAAUGCAUCAGAUGAAAGAGGUAUUGAUGUUGUACGGGAUAGAAUAAAAAGUUUUUGUCAAGCUAAAGUUACAUUUCCUUCUCCACAUAUGACAAAAAUUGUAAUACUUGAUGAGGCUGAUUCAAUGACAGAAGGAGCACAACAAGCUAUGAGAAGGAUUAUGGAAGAGUAUAGUGAAACAACAAGAUUCGCUUUUGCUUGUAAUCAAAGUGAAAAAAUUAUUGAACCAUUACAAUCUCGUUGUGCUAUUGCUCGUUUCUCUAAAUUGAGUGAUGAAGAAAUUUUAAAAAGAUUAUUAUAUGUUUGUGAAAAAGAAAAUGUAUCUUAUGAUCCAAAAGGUCUCAAGGCUAUUAUAUUUACAGCAGAUGGUGAUAUGAGACAGGCUUUAAAUAAUCUUCAAUGUACAUUUGCUGCUUAUGGAAAUGUAACAGAUGAUUAUGUAUACAAAGUUUGUGAUGAACCACACCCAGAUCGUAUAAAAACAAUAUUUGAAGAAUGCGCUGUUGGAAAUAUGACAGAUGCUUUUGAAAUUGUAGAUCAAUUAUAUAAAUUAGGUUACUCAGUUCCAGACAUUAUGAAUCAUAUUGGAAGGAUUUGUAGAUUAUGUAAAUUACCAGAAGUUCUUAAACUUGAGUAUAUGCGUGAAAUAGGCUUGGUACAUGCUGAUGUUUUAAGGGGUGUGGCCAGUAGAGUACAGCUAGCAGGUCUAAUAGCAAAAUUAGCUUUGACACAAAAAAGAUUAAAGGAGGAAGAAAAUGUGAAACAAAAAUGA